AUGGAACCGCAGCUUCAGCCCAAGCCGGAACCCGCGGGGGUUGCCGGUGGGGAUUUGGAGAAGUCUCGUGUCACACAGGUUUGUGACGUUGACAUGGCUGACGCCAACGACGGUUGCUUUGUCACCAUUUCGAAGCGAAAGCGUGGUCGUCCGGCCAAGGGAAACCGCGUUCCGAAAACAACGACUCCGCCCACGAAGCAUAAAAAGGACGAGGAGGAUGUUUGCUUCAUAUGCUUCGAUGGUGGAAGCCUCGUUCUCUGCGAUCGCCGGGGAUGCCCUAAAGCGUAUCACCCCUCGUGUAUUAAGCGGGAUGAGGCGUUUUUUCGCUCAAAAGCCAAAUGGAAUUGCGGUUGGCAUAUAUGUAGCGUUUGUGGCAAGGGGUCGCAUUAUAUGUGCUAUACUUGUACGUAUUCUUUGUGCAAGGGAUGUACAAAAAGUGCAGAUUUUGUCUCCGUCAGAGAAAAUAAAGGCUUAUGUGGAAUAUGCAAGAGGACCAUAAUGCUGGUAGAGAAUUGUGCCCAAGGCGAGAAGGCAGUGUGUGAAGUGGAUUUUGAUGACAAAAGCAGCUGGGAGUAUCUUUUCAAGGUGUAUUGGACAUAUUUGAAGGAGAAGCUAUCUUUGACAAUUGAUGACAUCCUUCAAGCUAAAAAUCCAUGCAAAGGAGUUCCGAGAUUAGAAGUAUCUGGUGUCACGGCAGGUGUUUCAUCAUUACUUAUCUCUCCAAAGACGGAGCUGCUAGUCAGCAAUAUUGCAAACGAUAAACCAUGGCAUUAUCAGGAUCCAACUGGGAAGGUUCAAGGACCUUUCUCUUUAUUGCAGCUUUAUAAGUGGAAUGUAAGUGGAUAUUUUCCUGCAGAUCUCAGAAUAUGGAGGAUAGAUGAGACACAGGAUAACGCGACUUUGUUAAUUGAUGUGCUGAGUGGGAAGUGUUCAAAACAUGUGUCAUUGACAUACGACAGCCAGCAGCUGUCUUUGGAGACCAAUAGUACGGUGGAAAAUAAAGAAAGUAGUCAGGAUGGUGGUGGUAAGCACAAUGUGACUACAAACGCAAAUUCUGCAAACAACCAAAUUGUUGAGCAGUGUGGGGAGCAAACAGUGGUUGAUACUUGUACACAAUCUAAUUGUAAAGAUGAAUCUGUUAAGAGCAAUGGUUGGCACUCUCAGUCUCCGGGUUGGACUAUCCAAGCGGAUGGGAAUAAUAAUGAGGGGCAAAGUGGAAAUUCUGAAAGGAGGGAGGAAGCACUCAAAUGUGAAGUUUCUUGUCAGGAUGGUGGUCCCCAUGUACAGUCUUCGUUACCUUUGACUGUAUUUUGUGAAAAUCUCAACGAGAAUCCUUAUGAUAAAUUAGAAGAAGUUCAUAAGAUAGAGGUGAAGUCUGAAGAUAAUGGAAAUUUUGAUUUGAACAGAAUUUUUGAUGGUCAAAGUAAUAGUGGACAAAAUUAUCAGAAACAAUCAGACAGUGAGGAAAAUUCAGGGCAAUCUUCUGGUCAGAACUGGAGUUGCCCUAGUGUAACUAAUCCAGUUUGUAACCUAUCUACAUGGCUGUCAAUCUUUGGCGAACCAAAUGAUUUGGAUGAAUCAGUUUCAGAUCUGUUGGCUGAAGUGGAGGCGAUGGAGUCACUUGGUGGUGGCCUGGAAUUUCCCACUUCAAUCAUGAAAUGUGGUGAGGAGUUGACUGACGGUUCUAUAACUGAUUGUCUUAGUUUUGCAGAUGGGCUUAGCCCAAUGCUUGAUGCAGCAGGUAAAGGUGAUGCACUGAGCUCCUCGGGUGAUUUACACUUACCAUCUCAAACCACAACUCCAGACGAACCAAUUAAGCAAGCCGAUGUGUGCCAUCAACAUAAAUUAUCUGGAGAGCAUAAGUCAAAGAGUUCAGAAGUUGAGUCUACUUUCUCUAAGAUUAGCUGGAAUCCAACCAUUCAAUUUUCCUGGGAUCCUCCUAAUUGUAAGUUGUUUUGUUUCAUCACUUUGUCAGCUUUGCACAACUAUUUUAACAAGUUUGUUGACAUGACAGAUUAUCCUGCAAGAGAUGUGGACGAUCAUACCGUUAGUUGCACGGGUAGGAAGUUGUUUAUACGGAGAGAAGCUGCUUCAAUGUUGUCAAUUUAG